CACAGACACAGGACCUGACUAAGGACAAGUCUUCUGUCUCGUUGGAUCAGAGGCUGUAGCAAUGGAGCUGCUCUCAGCACCAGUUGGCAACUUUACAGUUGAUCUUUUCAACAAGUUGAAUGAGACGAAUAAGGGCAAAAACAUUUUCUUUUCUCCUUGGAGCAUCUCAUCUGCUCUGGCCAUGAUGUACCUGGGUGCAAAAGGUAACACAGCAACGGAGAUGGCAGAGGUUCUUCAUUUCACGCAAGCUGCAGGAGCUGAAGACUCUUCUUCUGUGGCCAGACCUUCUCGGGGAAGACCAAAGAGAAGAAAAAUGGAUCCUGAGCACAAGCAAGCUGAAGACAUCCAUUCUAGCUUCAAAGAGCUCCUGGCUGCCAUCAACAAACCUAGAAAUACCUACUCACUGAAAAGUGCCAACCGAAUCUACGUGGAAAAAACCUACCCAUUACUGCCUAGCUACUCACAGCUUAGUAAGAACUACUACCAUGCAGAGGCACGGAAGGUUAACUUUAUGACAGCAUCAGAACAAGCCAGAAAGGAAAUCAACACCUGGAUUGAAAAACAAACUGAGGGCAAAAUCAAAUCUUUGUUGAACCCACAUGAUGUGACAAGCUUCACCAAGUUGGUCCUGGUAAAUGCUAUUUACUUCAAGGCAGACUGGGAAGAGAAAUUUCAAGCAAGAGACACAGAUCUGCAACCCUUCCGACUGAGCAAGAACAAAACCAAGCCUGUGAAGAUGAUGUAUAUGAGACAAGCAUUUCCAGUUCUCAUCAUGGAAGCAAUGAAUUUCAAAAUGAUUGAGUUGCCAUAUGAGACACACGAACUCAGUAUGUUCAUCCUCCUCCCCGAUGACAUCAAAGACAGCACUACAGGUCUUGAACAGCUGGAAAGAGAACUGACGUAUGAGAAGCUGUCUGAAUGGUGUGAUUCCAAGAAGAUGACAAAAACUACUGUGGAUCUGCACCUGCCUAAGUUCAAAGUGGAGGAGAAAUAUGACCUCCAAAAUACUUUGAUCGACUUGGGAAUGAAAAGUGCCUUCAGCGGUAAUGCUGAUUUCAGUGGAAUCACUGAGAGGCGUAAUGUGCCGAUCUCCAAAAUUAUUCACAAGUCUUUUGUUGCAGUUGAUGAGAAAGGCACUGAGGCAGCAGCUGUUACGGUAAACACAGGAAUGACAAGUCCAGGUCCCGUGGAGGCUCUGAAAUUUAAGGCUGACCAUCCUUUCCACUUCUUCAUCAGACACAACAAAUCCAAGACCAUCCUCUUUUUUGGCAGAUUCUGCUCCCCCCCAUAAUGAGUUAUUGCUUACUCCAAUAUAGCAUGCAAAUUUCACUGUCCUAUGAGAGAAUCUGAACUGCAGCCUUAAAAGCUCAGCCUUAAAUCUUGUAGCCAUAAGUACUGAAAAUAUGCAUCCUUAUGUCUUUGCCCCCCUUGUAUGGCAGUACCUAGAGAUGACCCUAUGCCUCAAAAGCUGUCACUGUAUUGACCCUUCCCACUGUUCUAAUGAGAUGGUCCUUCACAGAAGCAGAGUGCAGAAUUUUGCUCUCUUGCAUCAGAUGUGCUCUUCUGACUGGCUGUUUGAGAGUGAGGUGGAGGCAUAAAGGCUCUGCACACAAGCCAUUAGCUAGCCUCAGGUCUGCAACUGACUUAAGGGAGGCACAGUCCAUCCUCUUAAAUCUCCCAGAGAGGAGAAAAUCCCAGAAAGGAAAAAAACUUACAGAAAUCCAUAUGCUCUCUUUUCUUCAAUGGGAAAGUGUAUUUGCAAUACAAUUCUGUUUCCUUAUGUUCCUUUCAAAUUUAAAGUCUGUUGGAAAUUACUAAAAUUUAAUACAAACCCAGAAUCAUCUCAAAAUGUCAUCUAUCUCCCUCUGACUCCCCCAUAUACACAGAUACAUGGCAUUCAUUCUCUGCUGCCCUUGCAGCUUCAUGCGAAAUUGAGGCAGCAAGGGGAAAAUGAUCAGGCCAUAAUGUUCACGUGCUGACUUCUGAUUACCUUGAAAGAGUCACUAUACUGGUACGACCUCACAAGUAAUGGUUCAUCUCUGUCUGAUGCACAGCUACUUGUCAUCAUGAACUGCUAAGAAUGUUUUCGGGUUUUUUUUUGAGAGGUGGUACAGACCCCUCACACCCAUUUUGUCCUCAUUUCCCUAAUCUGUAUAGGUUAAGGUUGCUAAGAGUUCCAGUGAGCAACAUUGCUAGGAAAUCUACCAGCAAAAUGCUUUCUUGCUAACCCUUACAGAUAUGCAUUCUAAAAUCCCAGUAUAUAAAUCUGCUGCUUCCUUUCAAUUUAACCUAAGUAUACCCGUUUCCUGGCUAGUAUCUGCACAUUUCCCUUUCUACCUGUAUCAGUGUUCAAUGCAAGCCUUGUAAUUUAGGAGUGCAUCUCAGCAAAGACAGUCAUAGCGUUGGCAGGAACACCAGUGGGAUUUGGACCGAUGCUUUAUUUCA